UGUUCGGUGGUUUCUUCUGCAUUUGUCCUCCCCAUCACCACGGAAAGCUGGUCAGUUGCUCUACAAACUCGCGUCGUCAUCCUGUAGUAUCUCACUCUGGAGAAGGUUUUACGCGUGAUCAGACUGUAUUUUGCGCCUCCGUUAAACCACGAGAGAUAAAUGCAUUCAGCUGUUUAAAUCUGUUACACACUGGAUGCAUUUAAUUCGCAUAACGAAGUAAAACAACUUGGAUGUGAGCAGAUUUUGUUUUUCUUCGCCAUAAUAUUUGGAUCAUGCUGAAGGCUCUGUGUGUACAAGUUCUGCUUUGGAGUUUGGCCAAGGCGCAGCUGGUGGAUCCUGAAGUGGGACUCACUGCACAAGAACAAGUUCUUCUGCUCUAUGACAUCAAACUGCAGUGUCUCCAGAACAUUUCAGAGCAUGAUCCUGAAGAUAACGUAUGCGCCCCUGGAUGGGACGGGCUCAUUUGCUGGCCUCAAGGUUCUUCAGGGAGCCUCACCAAAGUGCCGUGCCCCAGAUACAUCUACGACUUCAAUCACAAAGGCUAUGCAUACCGUAAGUGUGACAUGAACGGAACAUGGUUCUCACUGGAGAACAGAACCUGGGUAAACUAUUCAGAAUGUCUGUGGUUCCUGACACCAGGCAAGGAACGAGGCAAGAGGGACUUUUUUGAGAGACUGCACAUCAUGUACACUGUCGGCUACGCUGUAUCCUUCAGCUCCUUGCUGGUAGCCAUUUUUAUCAUCGGCUACUUCAGACGUCUUCACUGCACCAGAAAUUAUAUUCACAUGCACCUGUUUGUGUCCUUCAUGCUGCGUGCCGUCAGCAUUUUUGUGAAGGACCUGGUGGUGGAUUCCAACGGCGGCAUGCAGCAGUAUGACGCAGUCCUCAUGGACAACAUCAAUGUGGUUUCUAUUAGCCCUCUGGACAAGACUCAGUAUGUCGGUUGUAAGAUCACUGUUCUGCUGUUUAUCUACUUUCUGGCUACAAACUACUACUGGAUCCUGGUGGAGGGACUUUACUUACACAGCCUUAUUUUCAUGGCCUUCUUUUCUGACUCCAAGUACCUCUGGGGCUUCACACUUAUAGGAUGGGGUGUUCCCGCUCUCUUCGUCUCGGCUUGGGCCGUCGUCAGGGCUGUUUUAGCAGACGCACGGUGCUGGGAACUGAGCGCAGGCAAUAUUAAGUGGAUUUAUCAGGUCCCUAUUCUGACAGCAAUUGGACUCAAUUUUAUUCUGUUUGUGAAUAUCGUGCGAGUCCUGGCCACCAAGAUCCGAGAGACGAACGGCGGCAGAUACGACACUCGCAAGCAAUACAGGAAACUGGCAAAGUCAACACUGGUGUUGGUGCUGGUGUUUGGGGUGCAUUACAUAGUGUUUGUUGGGAUGCCACACACUUUUACUGGUCUGGGCUGGGAGCUUCGCAUGUACUUUGAGCUAUUCUUCAACUCUUUUCAGGGAUUUUUUGUAUCCAUCAUUUACUGCUUCUGCAACGGGGAGGUCCAGACAGAGAUCCGAAAGAUGUGGCAGCGAUGGACAUUAGCAUUCGACUGGAAGGGUCCAGUCGUGCUGGUUAAUUAUCGUUACCGCUCAGUGUUAACGAGCGUCAACCGCAACAGUAGUGUUCAGUCCCAGGUCCCGGCCCAACUGACUAACAGAGUGUAUCGCUCGUCUAGACGUAGCAGCAGCACUUGCAUCUCGCACAGCAUGUGUACACACUCGCACCUCACCCUUCCCGGAUACGUCUUCAGCAACUCAGAUGCCGAAAGUCUGCCUCAAUCUAUCCCUGAGGAGAACGAGGACGAAGCAAAACACGUCGACGACAUCACGCUCAGCGAAAGCACAAGAGCUUUUCUGAAAGACGGUGCCAAAAGCUCGGAUGACAUCAUCCUAGAAGGGGAGACCAAGCACAACGAUGAAUUCCAAGAGAAUCAGGCAUUUGAAGGGGUUGAUUUCCAAGAGUAUGGAAACAGUGCUGGAGACAUCAUACUGAAGGACACGGUACAGGUGCGCUACAGCAGUUUGGAUCAGGAAGAAGAACAGGAGCUGUAGGAGGACAAGGGACAACUUUGUCUUAGUUUGCCUUAAAUAUGCAGCGUUACUGGCUUUAUACAUCACUUUCUUUCUCAGUAUGGGAUUUUUCAUUCCAAGGUGUGAGGCAUGGAAUUUUAGGAGAAGUGCCAUUAGGUUGUUGUAAAUGGAAUUGCUGUGGAAGGAUUUACAUUCAGAAUCAAUUUAAAGAUUCAGUUCAAGUGAAGAGAAUGAACUUUGUCCACAAUAUCUGUGCGUGUGACAUAUGCAAGGA